GACGGAUCGCACGUCGGACAGAAGAUGGAUUCGUCCACCGACAUCAAAGAGAAUCUCGAUCAGUCGAUUCGCCUGCUAAGCCAGCAGAACAGCCAGCGGCGAACGUUUUUGAGGUUAAGCGGCCAGCAACGGAGCAGCACGCCGAGGCGGAUAUCGCUGCAAGCGGCAGCCGGUCAACCGUCGCGCCGGGACGCCGACGAUAGUGGUAGGCAGGCUCAGCUCGGUGACGCGUACAGCCCGGCGGGGAUGGCUGACAAGAGCGGUCCCAGAUCGGCGACCAAGCCACUCCACAACGUGGAGCUUGACAUCUCGCUGACCCUCGCACCUCACGAAAUCCGCGACAUAAUGGCACGCUCAGACAGGAACGACAUCACCAUCAAGGAGAUGAUGGAGGACAGCACGGCUACUGGGGCGAUACUCAAGGCAAACGAGCCAUGGCGGGAAGCCAAAGCCAAGCUCUACUAUGAUUUCCUGCAGAGCGUGCAGGCGCACUUCUCAGAGGCACAGAUUUUUGACACCAUCGCAGACUUCAUACAGAACUGCACUGACACGCUGGACAUAAUGAGAGGUAUGCAAUCAAAGGUUGAGAAUAUAGAAAUAGCAGAAGAGGAGAUUUCCUUGGAAAGCGAAAGAAACACAUGGAGACUAAUUUAUUGUCUCUAUCAGAAUCGUAUAAGUAGCGCUGGUUUGUCCACUCAAAUGGACCAUGACGGGCUUGUGAACAACAAUUAUAUUUCUGAGAAGGACGUUAUAGAAAAUUUGUACAAGUCUGAGGGCUACAUCAGGGAAUAUCAAUUGAUUAUUGACUGGCUAGAAAAGAAUGCUCUGGAUCAAGCAGACAGAUAUCCCUCGAUAGAACUUUUCACUGAUAAAACAGUAGCUUGGGAAAAUACGGUCCAUCAGUUGCAUAAUAAAAGUUUAGGAAUUGCAUUUAGCUCGUCCAGACCAUUGGUAUCAUCCCUUGAUCCUGAUGCACCAAUACGGGAGGGCAAGCCGUUACAUGACUUAGAUAGAGAAGAUGAUGCUAGACUUGAAAAAAGAAUGUUUAUAGAGGUACGUUGUGGACGUCUUCAAAAAGCACAAUCAUUAGCUAUGCAUUGUGGUCAACCUUGGAGAGCCGCGUGUUUAUUAGGAUGGAUCCCUAAUCACGAUCCAAAUUACACUAAUCCACUAACAGACACUAAAAUGCCAAUUGAAGGGAAUCCUAAUAGAAGUCUUUGGAAAUUGUGUGCCUGGGAAUUAUCUCAAGAUAAACGCAUAGGUAUAUUCUAUCGUGCUAUAUAUGCAAGUCUCUGUGGCAAUGUCCAACUAUUACUACAAAUAGCAUCGUCUUGGCAAGACGCAUUGUGGGCGUACAUGAAGAGCCUUUUAGACAUCAAAGUUGAAUCGGCACUAAGAUUAAUGAUGGUGAAAAUUUAUACGAUUAUGCCAGAAGAAUAUUGGAAAAAUGAAAUCUCGUUGGAAGAUGCAUUCAAGGAGUUGCAGGCGUCGAAAAAUCCAGUGAUACGUGCCCAAUCCAACAAGCCUGAUCAUCUAAUUCAAAAAUAUAUAAUACUGGAUCAAAUUCCAAAGUUAAUGGAAGAGAUUGAAAGUAUGAUAGAUGUCGACGCCUGUGACUCGCAGUUUCUCAGAUUCCUGGCUCAUUUGAUACUGUUCUUUAGACAGAUCGGGAAAAGUACAAAGGAUAAAGUAGAAGACAAAGUACUACUGGCAUACGUUCGCGUUCUUAUCAAGAUGGGUGAUCCGACUUUAAUCGCGUUUUACACAGCUACAUUAUCUCAGGAAGAUCAAAUAACCAACUAUGCCUCUUAUUUAGAGAGCGUUAAAGAGCACGAACAACGCAAGGCAUGUUUACGCGCGGCGGAAGACGCGAACUUGAACGUAGAAGCAAUUACGAAAUUGGUGGUUGAAAAUAUACGUAAGAAAAACAUAGAGACCGAUCCGACAGACUUGAAAGGAACUGUUACUGAAGCAGAUAUAGAAAAAAUUAAUAGUCUGGAUUGGUUGAUUUUCUAUCAAAGUCAGAGAAAGGAGGCUUUACGGCAAACAAACGCACUGAUUAGAUACUUCCUUACUAAUGAAAAAAUCGACGCGGCGCGGAAAGCAUUUAACAAGAUUCCAGCAGAUUCGAUCGAAUCGGUUAUGAGUGAAUAUCCAAGUAUAGACUGUACACUUACGAAUCUUACGAUAACUAAUAAUUUAUCGAAAAAAGCGGCCGCGUCGAUAAGGGAAUAUCUCUGUUAUAAAACGUAUCUAGACGCCCAAGAAGGUUUUGCUGAAUGGUUCUCUCACUAUCAUCAUGGUAAACCUAUGCCACCAGAAGAAUUGCCGGCGUACGCCACGUUCACGGAAAAAGUUGCGUACGAUCACAGAAAGACGCAGUACAAUUUAGAAUUUGAAAGAUGGAAGUCAACAAUGCAGCAUCAUACAAAGGCUGUGAAACAGUUAUUAUUUAAUGUUUUAUUGUUUCCUGAUGGCGGUUGGCUCGUCGAUUCAAAAAGUAACAACGACGAACCUUGUACGUCCGAAGAUGAGCUUAGGGAACAUCAGCUAGAGAAACUGCGCGAACUUUGUAUCCCGAAAGUCACACUUUUGCUUCAUUCGGUUAUGUCCGAAAUGAACGAGCACGAUGGCUGCAUUCAAUUGGCUGACAUACUUUCCUCCGAGCAACAUCAAUUGUACAAAGUAUUUUCAAAGGGAAGAUUACGCGAAGUAUUCAAAAAGAUCUGUGAAUCUUCUCUUAUCUUAAUGGACCAAAAGAAAGAUCCCUGGGGAUAUCCGAAAUGAAGUUUAUAAAUAUGUAAUAUAUAUUACUGCAUAAACUUAUUUGUACAGUGUGACAUUAUUUAUAUCAAUCAAGACAUCGCUGCGCUGGCCUUUCUAGCUGUUGCAUUAAAUGUACAGACAAUCCUUA